AUGUUUGCCCGCUCAGUAGCUCUGAACAUCACCCGCCAGGCCGCCCGACCGGCUAUGCGCGCGGGCGCCGCGCCCCUCGGCCGCUUCAGCCCAGCGGCCGCCCCCAAGUUCCUCACGCCGAUGCAGGUCCGCCUGCUGUCCGACAAGACGCGCGCCGCCAUUGACGAGGCGGUCGGCUCUGCGCCCGUGGUGCUCUUCAUGAAGGGCACGCCCGAGACGCCCCAGUGCGGCUUCUCGCGCGCCGCCAUCCAAAUCCUCGGCGUGCAGGGCGUCAACCCCGAGAAGUUUGCCGCUUUCAAUGUGCUGGAGGACUCGGAGCUGCGCGAGGGCAUCAAGGAGUACUCGGACUGGCCGACGAUUCCCCAGCUGUAUAUUGAAAAGGAGUUUGUGGGCGGCUGCGACAUCUUGGUGUCGAUGCACAAGAACGGCGACUUGGCCAAGAUGCUGGAAGAGAAGAAGCUGGUUGUCGAAGGCGAGGAGUAA